AUGCCGCUAGAGGCUACUAUGAUGGUCAUUGACAACUCGGAGUACAUGCGGAAUGGAGAUUAUGUGCCUUCCCGUUUUGAUGCCCAGGCUGACGCUGUCAACACUAUCGUCCAAACCAAGAUCGAUUCCAAUCCAGAAAACACGGUUGGUGUCAUGACUAUGGCCCACAAGGGCCCAGAGGUACUUGUCACGCACUCCAAAGAACUUGGCCAGGUUGUGAAAGGGCUCCACACUGCAUCUUUGAAUAUGGGCGGGUACAUUGACAUUCCGACGGCCAUCAAUAUCGCUCAAUUGGCAUUAAAGCACCGCGAAAACAAGAAUCUCCGGCAGCGGAUAAUAGUCUUUAUCGGGUCACCCUUGCAGGGCCCCGCGGCAGAUGAACGAGAGAUGGUAAAGCUGGCUAAGAAAUUGAAGAAGAAUAAUGUCGCGAUCGACCUUAUCGUAUUUGGAGACGGUAUUGAGGAAGGCGAAUCAAGCGUCCUAAAGGCUUUCAUCGAGAACGCAUCAAGUGCCGAUAAUUCACAUCUUGUGUCAGUUCCACCUGGUCCACACCUUCUCUCUGAUGUGAUUAUUUCGUCACCGGUUCUGGCGGAAGAUCGCGGUAUACCACCGGGUACUAUUGCUGCCGCAGGUCCCUCAGGUACUGGUGGCACUAACGACUAUGAGUUCGGCGUCGACCCCAAUCUUGAUCCCGAACUUGCCAUGGCAUUACGCAUGUCUAUGGAAGAAGAACGGGCACGCCAGGCAGCCGAGGAGCAAGCACAUGGUUCCACCGACGCUUCUCAAACUACCCCCCCUCGUGAUGGCGCUACCGGUGAUGCUGACGAAGAUGCCGCGCUUCGACAAGCACUAGCCAUGUCAGAGGGUCGGGACGUGGAUAUGGACGGAGAAGAUGAGGAAGAUUUGGAUGAGGAAGAGGCAAUUGCACGCGCCAUUGAGAUGAGCAUGAAGCAAGAUCAAGAAGAACACGGACAAAAGAAACAGUAG